GGAGUGGGAAACGAAGGUAGCUCGGCCGAGUGGAGCGCUACACCGACUCAGUUGCUCACGAGCAUUCGCCAGCGAACGUACCGAAUCAUGGCUGUCCGUUUCGUAAAUAACAACGCGGGUGUCGUGCUCGCGACGUGCCGUACGGUGCUUCUCGUGUUCGUUAGCGUUCUUGUUCUUGCACACGCCGAUCAGAAUCAGUCGGGACUGAAGGUCGAGAAGCUGUACGUACCGGAGGUAUGCGAGGGCAAAUCGAAGAUCGGCGACCAGCUGACGAUGCACUAUACCGGCACGCUGGUGGAUGGUACCAAGUUUGACUCAAGGUCAGUGACACUUUGA